GAGUUGUCGUUAGGAUUUCCUGAGAGUGCACAUUUGCUUGUUUGGACACAGAUGACAGAGAAUAAUGUCGUUUUGAAGACACUUUGAAAAGCGGCAUUGCUUCCAGAGGGCGUACAGAUGCGUUCGAUGUAAUUCUCUGAAACAUGGAUGUUACAGGACACGCCCUCAGUCUUUGCAAACAUGUUUAUAAAUCCACGUUGGAGUAAUCUAAGCUGCGGUUUGCAUUCCGUGAGGCGAUGUGGGGCAUUUGGAAAGGUGCCUGACUCUUCAGUUCAAAUCAGGCUCUGGGGAAAUGAGUUGGCUGGAGAUGUGGGGAGAGAAGAACUUUCUGAGGUCCAGAGGGGAGUGUGUAGAGGGCAAGACUCGCCCUGUACCUCGAGCCUUUAGCGCUCUGGGUCUUUCCUCUCGGUCCGAGCAGCGUGGAAGGUUCUUUCCUUGCCACAGAGAGCAGUUGGAUACUGAUGAAGACUAUGAUGAGUGGGUCUACGCGCCUCUCCGUUGCCGAGCGGUAUCGAGUCUAGAUGAGGAGAGCAAGUGGUCGGUGCACUACACAGCCCCCUGGCACCAACAGGAGAACGUCUUCCUGCCAGGCAGCCGACCAAACUGCGUGGAGGACCUUCACCGGCAGGCCAAAGUCAACCUGAAAACAGUCCUCAGAGGUCAGAUACCGAAGAUCUACUCUGAUCUUAAAUCAAAUAUAGAGUGCGACAAGCUCAGGAAAGAUGGUUUCCGCAGCUCCCAGAACUACUCGCAAAGCCCCGCUUUCUCCUCAAGCAGCCUAUGUGAAAGUGUGCACCUGGACGAGGAGAAGACGGAGAAGAAAAAUAAGGGUUCAGAGUCGCUUGCCGAGGAGGAAAAGCUUGUAUACUCGAUGCCACCUCAGACACCUCUGCUGGAACAUGCCUAUGACAUGAACAUCCAAAACAGCUGGACCAACUGUCUGCCUUUACCCACACCAGAGGAGAAGAUGCGGCUACAGGCCCAGACGGUUGCCGCUGAUUUUAUUCCCAUAAACAUCACAGGUGAAAAUUUUGAUCGCCAAGCCAGCUUCCGUCGUUCCCUAGCAAACACUGAUACUAUAAUACGAAGAUCCAAGAGGGUGCAAAGACGAAAGACAAUAACAGGCGUUCCUGACAACAUCCAGACAGAACUAGCAAAUAAAGAACCAGAUGACUCCAGAACUCAGUCCCUGGGUAUGGCAGAUCAGUACUCUUCCCUCUGUCGAGCAGGAAGCGUAAACUCCACGCUGAGAUGCUUGGAUACCCGUGACUUUAGUUGUCAAACAGAAGAGAUGAAGAUUGUUCCUCCCUCAGUACGCAGAAUCAGAGCACAAAGAGGCCAUGGAAUCGCUGCCCAAAUGGCCAAUGUAUCCCCCUCCUCCUCAAGCAGUAUUUCCACCAUGAGUGAUUGUAAUAGCAUUAGCUACACUCAACUUAAUGGCAGUGAUCAGAGCUUUCACAGUUUGCCACGACAAGGUGCUCGCAUUUCACAUCAGCAUUGUGAACCUAAGAACAGCAGCACCCCCUACAGGGUGAAUUCUGGCUCUACAAGCUCCUUGCCUUAUCAGCUCGACAUGCAGCAUGGUUCUUCAGCAUCCCUGCAUAUGCUGCCGAAUUCCAAAAGCAAUACAUUAAACGGCCCUAAAUCUGGUGUAUUCCAAAACGACCAUCUUAAUGCAAGCCCAAGUUACCCAGGCUCUGGCCAAAAUAGCAGCCUGACCUUAUUCAGUCUCAGUGAUGCAUCACAGAAGUACGUUCUUUCAGGACAAGACAUCCAAUUAGCAUAUUCCUCAGCCCAGUUGUUCGGUUCUGCCGAUGCCUCAUCCGCUGUCUCCUCCUGUUACGAAUCCACCACUUCCCUGUGCACAGGGAUCAGUACAGAGACCGAGUCCCAGUGCAGCACGCUUGAUGGCAGAAACCGCAGUCAUAACUGCGUUCGUAGGGAUUCCAAUGUCUCCGAGAGCAGUAAUCAAAGCUGUAGCACACUAACUACUGACCAAUGGACAUACAAAGUUCCUCCAAAGGAUCAGCUUACCUCAAGUUGCUCCUCACCUGUCAGUCACAUAUACAACAGUCAGGAACAUUCUCCAAGCAAGACAGACACAAGCUCAUUGCUCUCAAUGGACAACGACGGGUAUUACACCUCCAUGCAUCUGGACUCCGGAUUGAAGUCACACAGCCACGGCUGCAUCAAUAAAGCAGCAAACGCAAGGCACAGUAUGUACGAGUGCAAGGACCACCACAGUCAAGGCGAUCGUGCAAGUCUGCAUAGCAAUCGGUCGCUGACUCGCAGCAUUUCCCUGCGGAAAGCCAAGAGGCCUCCGCUCCCACCAGCAAGGACAGACUCCUUAAGACGCAAACCCCAGAGAAAGCCUCAUCACACUGGAACAGUCCUUAGCGAGCAAUUGAUCUCCAGCCUUCAACAGUCCUUAGAACUCAACCUGCAAACUCACAGUGCAUCCUUGUCCGGACAAGCCCCCUGCAGUGGGUUUGAAGAUCCUUGGGUGCUCCGGCCCAGAAGCCAGAGCACUGUCAGCGCAACGAGUAGUGGGAUGUCGGCACCUGCUGCCGUGUGUCCGGUCACGCCUACACACAGUGACAGCAGCAGUCAGCCCUCAGACUAUGCUGAGUCAUGGGACUUCUACAUGGAUUGCCCAGGUCCCCGAUCCGUGCAAGGUCUGUAUUCUCAAAUGAUGAGAUCUGCAGGUUCUGAGGAAAAUCCAGGGGUCAUGAGCAACGGAUCAUACAACAAUGGAUUCCCAUCAGCACACUGCAAUGAUAACGGGAUUAAGUUGAAACCAGUGUCAUCACCUGACAAGAUUCAUCGUUUGACUUCACCAUCGAGCGGUUAUUCAAGCCAGUCCAACACUCCAACAGCAGGCACCCCUGUUACUUCUUUAAUAAGAGCAAAGUCUCCAGCAGGGAGGCCAAAACCAAAAGUGCCAGAGAGAAAGUCCUCCCUGUUAUCUUCUGUGUCCUCCUCCUCCACAUCUCUUUCCUCCAACACCUCAGAUUCCAUUAAGAAUAUCCCUCCACCUCUACCUGACAUAACUUCUCAAUGUGUGACACCUGGCCCCACUUCCAAAACUCUUACAGCUACCACAAAAGACUCAACCCCACCUCCUCUUCCUGAUGUAUCGUCUGCUUCUGAAGAGAAUUCACCUUCACAUUCAUCCCCACCUGAAAUGUGUGAAAGCCUCCUUAAUGACUCUCUAGAUUUCACCCCUCCUCCACCAAAGGUUUCUGAAUCUCUGUCAUUGAAUGAUGGUACAAUUAACACCCCACUUCUUUCUCCCAAGCCCUCAUCAUGCAUUCCCACUCCUCCUCCCCCUCCACCGCCUCCGCCGUUACCAGAGGGUCUUCAAACAGCUGCCAUUUGUAAAACAGAAACUUCUUGUAAAUCAUCUAAAUGUAAAUCUACAGUGCCUGUGGAGAUUGAAAAGGGACUUGAUUGUACCGAAGACUCGCAGAGGCCUCAGAGACCAAAAAUCACUGCCCAAGCUCUGCAGAUGGUGCACCUACGACCUGUCAAGCUCAAACAUAUUGAAAGUAUUUUUACAACAGUCAGUGUUAAACGUAUUGAUGGCCAAGCACAACGUGACUCUCAAAAACGCUCAGGGAAAUCCCUGAAAAAGGAGACUGCAAAGCAAACAGUCACUGCUAAUUGUGAAGCUGAAAAUCCUGUGAAAAUCUCUGAAUCAUCAGUGAACAAAUGUAUGCAAAAUCUCCUUGAAGCAUCAUCCUGUUCAUUAACCCCAGGCCCAGAUGACUAUUUCAACAAUACUAAAACUUGCCAGAAUGUUCCAACACCCAUGGAAUUUCCAGAGCCUUUUAGCACAUCUUAUGAUUUAACUUUUCAUGAGAUUCAGCAGUGCACAAACUCCUCACCUACACCACAAAGUACUCUCUUGAAACAAAAGCCUCCUAUAUCUCCAAAGAAGCCCAAUCUCUCCCUUAUUAUUCCACCUAACAAUAACGUAUCAGUCUCUAAUGGACUCCAGCUUCAACAGGCUCAAGAAACAGAAGUGACCCCUGAGCCAGACGUAGUGAAUGGUACAUUCUCCACAAAUAUAAUUAAUUUGCAAGAGUUCCCAUUAGAGCUGGAGGCAGAGGAAGAAAGUGACUCAGGCUCCUCGACCCCUGUGGUCAAAAGCAGACUGUCUCUCAGUAGUGAAUUGUCAUCAAGCAGUUUGCAAGACCUGGAACUCUCUGAUCUCAUUCUGCAUGAUCAUGAGUUUGAACUGAACGACUUGGGGCUCAGUGAUGAUAAAAGCACAUCAGAUGAUGGUUCAAGCAGCAGCUCGGGAUCCAUCAGCUUUAAAGAGGAAAAUGAAGACAACGGUGCUGGGUUCGACUCGAGCGUGGAAAGCUCACCGGCUGAGAACGCUAAAGGAGGGUCUGUGGAGGAGAUGGUGACGCCUGUUCGUCACCGAACUACAGAGGAUCUUUUUGCUGCCAUUCAUAGGUCAAAGAGGAAGGUUCUGGGCCGUGGUGACUCUGAGGAGGAGCGCGGUCGUAAUAUCCCCCCCUCCCCGCCCAUUACCCCAACCGGCUCCUGUCCCAGCCUGCCCUCCUUGCCUCGACAGACUAGCUCCAUUCAGCGCAACCUGCGUCGGUCGUCCACCAGCAACGACAGCUUCAAAGCUCUGCUGCUCAAGAAGGGCAGCCGCUCCGAGUCGAGCUUCCGAAUGUCGGCUUCUGAGAUUCUCAAAUGCACAGAUCCCCGUGUUCAAAGGGCCCCUGAGUCCCCACAAUCUGAUGGCCUGUGUACCUCUCCGACACGCACCAGGAGGGCGGCAGAGGAAUGGGCACGUACUGAAGGUACCCUUCACCGUCUGUCCGCCGGACAAACGUGCUUGAAAUACGGGCGCUCGCGCACACCGCCCUCCGCAGCCAGCAGCCGGUACAAUACCCGUAGUCACAUUCCCAACAGGCCAAUGACUGCCAUCUCUGAAAGAGAGGGAGAGGUGGCAGAGUCACAGGACUGCUGCAUCGGUACCGACAGUUCUUUCACGCUGCCGCUGUCCUCCAGCGGUACAGUCUGUGCUCAAGGCAGCACUUAAUAAUCUAGCCUUCUAUUUAAACUGAGGAUUUUACAUCCACUAAUGGCUCGGAAGAGCACCUGUUCAAUACAAAGACCACUUAAAGGUCAAAACUUGACUGGAGGGCCAUGCUUGUGCUGGCCAAAAUGUGGCAUCCAAGGAUUUCAUAAAAGAGAAAGAAUUGGGGAAUGCAACUUUUAAGUUCUGCUUUUUUAAGUGAGUUUUAUAUUUCAAAUAUGUCAUUAGAAACUUAACAGAGGGUUACUUGUUUUAUUUGCAGGUAGGGAGUACGAGGGAGUACUUUUUCUUUCUUGGUGGCAAUUUGAAGGUAAACGGAAUGGAAUCAGAAUGUCAUUGAGGGAUUUUGUUAAGAGUGGUCGAUGCUUAGACAACGGAAAAUACCUAACUAAACAUAGCACUUAAAGAAACAGUUCACCCAAAAAUAAGAACGUGUUUUAAUUAAUUUUAUCGAAGAUCCUAAUUCUACUGAUUUUUUUACAUUUCGAAGAAACGACAUGAGGGUGAGUAAAAGAUGACAGAUGUUUCAUUUUUGGAUGAACUGUUCCUUAAAAAUAUGAAUGUACUGUACAUCCAUAUCACCAAAGUUUCUGAUGUCAAAUACUAGUAUGUCAAAACCUGAAAGCAGUUUGAAGGGGCAGAUGGCUGUGGGAUAGAGGAAAGUCAAUAAAAUGAGGGUGGAGAUGUUAGUUAAGUAUGCAAAUGUACUUUUCUGUUGAAUUGUGUCCAACAAUCUUCAGUUAGCAAGAUGGCUGUCACGUUUGUAACCAAGAUGAGAGUAUAUUUAAAUAGAAUGUUAUUCAGAUAAUGCAAGCCAAUCUUUCUUUAUCAUAGCUGUGUACGUUUAGAGAACAUUAAUAAUAGUUCUCCAUACUCUAGCAGUGUAAAUAUUUUCAACCUUUACAAAAAGCCAAGUAUCAAUUUUAGUGAGAUACCAACCAUCCUGUUCUAUUUAUAGAAACAAAAAUACUCUAUUUACGUCUUUUUAUUCCUGUAAAUUCCUGUUCUCGCACUUGCCCAGUAUGAGAAUUUGUACAUUUUUAUGUUUCAUAUUGCAAAAAAGAGGUACUGUUUGGUGUAUUUACUACUGCCCAGAUGGUUUUCUUCCCGUGUUAAUGAACACCAACAGAAUGGUAGUAGAGAAAUGGUGAAGCCCCUGGAUAAAGGCCAUGAGAGACAUGAGAGUUUCAGUAAAACAAAUAAAACAUGGCAUUAAUCAAACCAAGCAUCUUGUUGUGUG